AUGGAGGUCCUGAAGGAGAAAGUGGAGGAGGAGGAGGAGGCUGAGCGGGAAGAGGCAGCUGAGAGGGGCGAGAAGAUGACGAGGCCUCUGGAGACGCGGAGGGAGGAACCGCCCAUGACGCAGGAGAUGCUCAGAGACCUGGAGAAGAAGCUGUCAGAGAUUGAGAUUACCAUCCCAGAGCAGCCCUUGAUCGUUACCAAGGACACUAUCGACAUCUCCAAGCUCCCCCUCUCCUACCAAAGCAACACGCUCAAGGAGGAACACUUGCUGCAGGUGGCGGACAACUUCGCCCGCCAGUACAGCCACCUGUGCCCGGAUCGCGUGCCCCUUUUCCUGCACCCGCUGAACGAGUGCCAAGUGCCCAAGUUCGUGAGCACAACCAUCCGGCCCACGCUGAUGCCCUACCCCGAGCUCUACAACUGGGACAGCUGUGCCCAGUUUGUCUCAGACUUCCUCUCCAUGGUGUCUCUGCCUGACCCCCUCCAGCCGCCCUCGCACCUGUACUCCUCCACCACGGUGCUCAAGCACCAGAAGGGGAACUGCUUCGACUUCAGCACACUGCUCUGCUCCAUGCUCAUCGGCGCCGGCUAUGACGCCUACUGCGUCAAUGGCUACGGCUCGCAGGACCUAUGCCAAAUGGACCUGACACGGGAUGUGUGCCCACUCACCAUGAAGCACAAGGAGGAGGUGCAGGAAGAAGAGAAGGUACCACCUAAGAAGUAUGCCAUUAAACCACCCAGAGACCUGAGCAGCAGGUUCGAGCAGGAGCAAAAGAUGAAGAAGCAGCAGGAGAUCAAAGGGGAGAAGGAAAAGCGGUGGAAGGAGGAGGAACAGCGCCUCCUGGAGCUGGAGAAAGCAAAGAUCGACCCCCUGCAUGGCCUCCGGGUGCACGCUUGGGUCCUGGUGCUGUCAGGGAAGCGCGAGGUGCCUGAGAGCUUUUUCAUUGACCCACUCACGGCACGCAGCUACAGCACCCAGGACGACCACUUCCUGGGCAUCGAGAGCCUCUGGAACCAUAAGAACUACUGGGUCAACAUGCAGGACUGUUGGAACGGCUGCAAGGACUUGGUCUUUGACCUGGGAGACCCUGUGAGGUGGGAGUACCUGCUCUUGGGGACUGACAAGCCUCAACUGGCUGUGGCUGAGGAAGAGGACGACGGAAUGAAUGAUGAUGAAGAUAUGGAGAACCUGGGCAAGGAGGAUGAGGACAAGAGUUUCGACAUGCCGCCUUCCUGGGUGGAACAGAUUGAGAUCUCCCCUGAAGCGUUCGAGACCCGCUGCCCAAAUGGGAAGAAGGUGAUCCAGUACAAGAGGGCGAAGCUGGAGAAGUGGGCCCCGUAUCUCAACAGUGAUGGCCUCGUGUGCCGCCUCACCACCUACAAGGACUUGGAGUGUACAGAGACUUUGGAGAUAAAGGAGUGGUACCAGCACCGGGAGGACAUGCUAGAGCUGAAACACAUCAACAAGAACACAGGCCUGAAUAUCGACUACUUCAAGCCAGGCCAUCCCCAGGCUCUGCGUGUGCACUCGUACAAGUCCAUGCAGCCUGAGAUGGACCGCGUCAUGGAGUUCUAUGAAACGGCCCGCGUGGACGGCCUGAUAAAGCGGGAGGAGACGCCCAAGACAAUGACGGAGUACUACCAGGGACGGUCCGACUUCCUCUCCUACCGCCACGUGGAUUUCGGGGACAGGGUCAAGAAGUUGGCUCUGAACAGCGCGGAGUCAAACCCCCGGCCAAUGGUGAAAAUCACAGAGCGGUUCUCCCGCAACCCUGCGAAGCCCGCGGACGAGGACGUGGUGGAGCGCGUGUUUCUGAUCCCAGAGGAGCGUAUCCAGCUGCGUUACCACUGCCGAGACGACCACAUCACGGCCUCCAAGCGCGAGUUUCUGCGGCGCACGGAGGUGGACAGCAAGGGCAACAAGAUCAUCAUGACGCCCGACAUGUGCAUCAGCUUUGAGGUGGAGCCCAUGGAGCACACCAAGAAGCUUCUCUACCAGUACGAGGCCAUGAUGAAGCUGAAGAAUGAGGAGAAGUUGUCCAAGCAUCAGGCCUGGGAGUCGGAGCUGGAGGUGCUGGAGAUCCUGAAGCUUCGAGAGGAGGAGGAGGAGGCGCACGCCCUGACCAUCUCCAUCUACGACACCAAGCGCAACGAGAAGAGCAAAGAGUACCGGGAGGCCAUGGAGCGCGUGAUGCACGAGGAGCACCUGCGGCAGGUGGAGGCCCAGCUGGACUACCUGGCCCCGUUCCUGGCCCAGCUCCCGCCGGGAGAGAAGCUGACGCGCUGGCAGGCCGCGCGGGUCAAGGACGAGUGCCUCAGUGACUUCAAGCAGCGGCUCAUCGACAAGGCCAACCUCAUCCAGGCCCGGUUCGAGAAGGAGACCCAGGAGCUGCAGAAGAAACAGCAGUGGUACCAGGAGAACCAGGUGACCCUGACGCCCGAGGACGAGGACUGGUACCUGAGUUACUGCUCUCAGGCCAUGUUCCGCAUCCGCAUCCUGGAGCAGCGGCUCAACCGUCACAAGGAGCUGGCCCCACUCAAAUACCUGGCCCUAGAGGAAAAGCUCCACAAGGACCCACGCCUGGUGGACUUCCUGAAAGUCUUCGUCUGA